ACCCCAACCAAAACACAGUACAUCUCUUACUCAUAAUUGCAAGAAACGACGCCGUUUUCUCUUUAAUCACCGGCCUCUCAGUUGCUUUUGAAGACACAGGCAACUCAACGCGUUGAGGGCUCAAGCUCAAUCUCAAACCCUCGUUUCCUCUCUUUAGCCUAUGCGUUUUCUUUGACCUAACAAACUCUCUUCAAAAGAGUAUAAAUAACUGUUCACAGCUUCAAGAUCUGUCUUAAAUUGCACAAAUCCAAGUUUGUUUCAGAUCCGGUAAAAGAGGAUUGAAACGGCGACGUUCCUGGUAACAGAGGUAACUCAGUUCUGGCCUUUGAGGUUUUGCAUUAGAAAUGUCGAUUUUGCCUAAGGGCGAUUCGAUUCACAUUCGUGAGGUGUGGAAUGAUAAUCUCGAAGAAGAAUUUGCUUUAAUUCGUGAAAUUGUUGAUAAGUAUAAUUAUGUAGCCAUGGAUUCUGAGUUUCCUGGUGUGGUUUUACGUCCUGUUGGGACGUUCAAGAAUAUAAAUGAUUAUAACUACCAGACUUUGAAGGAUAAUGUGGAUAUGUUGAAAUUAAUUCAACUGGGGCUAACGUUUUCGGAUGAAAAUGGGAAUUUACCGACUUGUGGGACAGAUAAGUUCUGCAUCUGGCAAUUCAAUUUUCGUGAGUUUAAUGUAACAGAGGAUAUAUUUGCAAGUGAUUCGGUGGAAAUGUUGCGCCAAUGUGGGAUUGAUUUCAAGAAGAAUAAUGAGAUGGGUAUUGAUGUAAAUCGAUUUGGUGAGCUUCUGAUGUCAUCAGGGAUUGUGUUGAAUGAUGGUGUUCACUGGGUUACAUUUCAUAGUGGAUAUGAUUUCGGUUACCUACUCAAGUUGUUGACUUGCCGGAAUUUGCCUGACAAUCAAGCAGGAUUCUUUGAUUUGAUCAAUAUGUAUUUUCCUAUGGUUUAUGAUAUCAAGCACUUGAUGAAGUUUUGCAAUAGUCUUCAUGGUGGAUUGAACAAGCUUGCUGAGUUGUUGGAGGUUGAAAGGGUCGGUGUAUGUCAUCAGGCAGGUUCUGAUAGUUUGCUCACUUCUUGCACAUUUAGGAAGUUGAGGGAUAACUUCUUCAACGGUUCCACAGAAAAGUAUGCAGGUGUAUUGUAUGGUCUUGGUGUUGAGAAUGAUAAGACUACUAAUUAAAAGAUAAUACAUGAGUGUGAGCUCUGUUUUCUCCUUGUAUACUUUGGCAAAAAGAUUGUUGUUUUAGUUGUAACCUUUCUUGUUGUUGUUUAUGUAACUGAAAUCUUAACUGGUGUUGUAGUUUCUGUUUCAUGUAAAUUAUUGCAGUUAGUGUUUCAAUAAUAAUCUUAAUGAUUCCCAACUUA